CUCUAGAACCAUCUAGAUUAGGUAGGGAAUCGACUAGAAUUAGCCUGUUCUAUAUGCACAUUAGACGAUGUUCUCUAUACGUCUUUUCAUCAUUGUUUCCUGUCAGAUGGACGAGAACUACCAUAGUCGAUAUAAGUGGUAAUUUGAUAUGGCAUCAAUUGUGCAGAACCAAACGCGACCACCACAUUGAACGUCAGUCAACAGGGGAUUAAAAGAUCGCGUCAAAUGCAUUGACCGCUUGGAGAAAAAAGCUUGAGUCCUGUCAAUCCUGUCCACAAUUUGAUGGACCCUACCCAAGAAACCAUGGAUAUGGAUCGCCUCGGGACGUUGCAAUCUUGGGGCUCCGUGGGGACUGAUUGCAUCGGCUUGGGUCUCUUGGGUUGCCAGGUACUAUGUAGGUAUGUACCUGAUUACCAUAGUACAUUCAUUGCGUACUUUAGUACUGUACCGUCCCUUGCGUUUAUACCAAGGCAAGUUGAUUGAUUAAUUAAUUAAUUGCUUAUGAUACGGAACCCAGUCAAUGAUCGGGUAUUUAGUCAUUUUCAUUCAACCACUAGUCUAGUCUAUUCUCGAGCGAGUCAAGCGGUUUCCUGCGCAUCAUUUCCAGUCAAGGUUCAUGCUCCAUCGAUUUGUUACCAGAGCUCACACGUCAUGUUUGCAAGCCAGGGUCUUUCCCUGGACGAUAACGGAAAAGAAGGUAGCUGACUGAACACCUGCUUUACCUGCUUGACUUGGGUUUGCAUUCAGGGGUUCGGGCUCAAUAUCACGCUGUCAGUCGGCACUUAUACAGCCAAACUACCGACUCAACUGCAGUAGUAGGCCGCGUCAACUCAGGUCCCUCACAAUGGCAGCCCAUCAUAUACCGACAAAAAAGUACACGUUCCUGCUGCACACAUUCUGUGCAACCGGCCAUGUCCUCCCCAUGCAGGCUUUGGCCAAGGCCCUGGUCCAACGGGGUCAUCGAGUCAUCUGGUUGACCAACCCGUCUCAGUCGUCGCGUGCCAGGGCCUCGGGGGCCGAGUAUGCCCAGACCGAGGCCCUUGUGGAGUGGGACGAGCGGCUCUUGGCUGCCCAACCUGCCUCGCUGCAAGAACUGGCCGAUGUGCUGUUUGGCGGGCGCGUCGAUGCCGUGGUGGCCGACGUUCGUCGUGUCUUAAAGGACAAGGGCGAUCCCCAGAUCGACUGUCUGGUCAACGACGCCAUGCCGUAUGGGGCCAAGGCCAUGUUCGAUCUGGGCGUUGUUGGGGCCUGGGCCACGCUGGGAGUCGUGCCAAUGUACACGAAUCACAACAAGCCCCUGUCGGCGCUGGGCACACUGCUGACCACGCCGGCGCUUGCCUUGCCCGUCAUCAACCGCCAGCGCUCAGGACUCGGACUUGCGGAGCAGACCCCGGAUGAGCCCUUCAACUACAGCCCGCUGCUGCACAUUCAGGCCUCGUGCCAAGAUCUCGAGUUUGGAGUCCAGGAUCUGCUGCCAAACACGCAUUUUGUCGGCCCACUGGUGUCUCCAGCCGGCACUGCCUCCUCGGCCGGCCUGCCAUCCUGGUGGUCCGACGUCGAGAGCCACGAGUGCGUCAUAGGCAUCACGCAGGGCACAUACGCCGUGGACCCGUCUACGCUUUUGAUACCGGCCAUCGAGGCGCUAGCCGGCGACAAGAGCCUGCUGUUGGUGGUGCCGUCGCCGCUGGCCGACCAGAUCCGCAGCGAGCUGACGGGGAGGGGCGUUGCUCUGGACAAUGUGCGCCUGGCCGAGUGGGUGCCGUACAGCGAGCUCCUGCCACGCUGCCGCACGCUCAUAACCAACGGAGGCUACGGCAGCGUCACGCAGGCGCUCGCCAACGGGGUCCCCCUCAUCUGCGCGGGGACGUCGGAGGACAAGAAGGACACGGCGGCGCGGGUGGUGGCGGUCGGUGCUGGGGUGGAUUUGCAGACGGAUACGCCCAAGGCUGCGGAUAUCAAGAGCGCCGUCAAGACCAUGCUGGAGGAUUCAUCCUUUGCGGAGAGGGCGGCCGCAGUAGGGAAGAGUUUGAAUAAUUUGGGUGGUGCCAUCAGGGCGUGUGAGCUUCUUGAAGGCGUGGUUGAGAGGGAGAGACAGAAGAGAGUAAAGACCUAGGUAUAAAUUGUAUAAUGUGACAAGAUAUAAAAUCAAAAAAAAUCAAAAGCCAAUAAUUCAAGUCUAUAGUCCGGCACGCUAAUAUCACAAGCCAUUAAUCACCCG